AUGAAACUUGUCAAAGAUGUCUGGUUAAACGAUGAGUCGAAGAACAAGAAUUUUGUAUUCUCUCCGUUCUCAAUGGACAAUACUCUGGGUUUACUAGCUUCUGGAGCAAGUGGUGACACCUUAAAACAGAUAUUAGAGUUCCUCAAUUCUGAAAGCAUCGACGAUCUAAACUCUAAAAACUCUCAACUCAUCAUCGACGUGCUGUGCAAAACAAAAACCGGACUUGAACUGUCUUUCGUCGGCGGUAUUUGGUGCAGCUCCUUACUUAAACGUUCAUUCAAGAAAGUUUCUCGUACAGUUUACAAAUCCACAGCCGAUACUGUGGAUUUCGCAAACAAUAGCAAAGAAGUGCUGAAGAGGGUGAACACAUGGGCUGAAAAUAAAACCAAUGGAUUAAUUCAAGAACUCCUACCUGCUAACGCAGUCGAUGAACAUACAGUAUUUAUAUUGGCGAAUUCACUCUAUUUCAAAGGAUCUUGGAACAGAUAUGACCAGUUUCCACCAUCACUAACUGAGAUGUCAAAGUUCUAUCUCCUCGACGGAAAACAACCAGUAGACGUUCCGUUCAUGUCAUCGAGGGGGAAUCAAUAUAUUCGUUGUUUUGAAAGCUUUAGAGUACUGCGACUCCCAUACAAAGGUGACUGGAAUAGUACAGAUUUUUCUAUGUACAUAAUUUUACCCGAGGAACGUGAUGGGAUCGGUGCACUUAUUGAAAAGGUGAGUUCCGAUCCUUCCUUUCUGGAUCAAUAUCUCCCAGUUGGUGCGGUUCCAACAAGAGACUUCAAGAUUCCCAAGUUCAAAAUUUGUUUUAAUUUUGAAGCAAAAAGAAUUCUAAAGAAAGUAGGACUAGUUUUCCCUUUUGAUUAUAAAAUGGCAGAACUGACUGAGAUGCUGUAUACUAAAGAUUUGAAAGCUGAACUGACUGAGAUGCUGAAUACUGAUGACUCGAAGGCAGAGCUGACUGAGAAAUCGAAUACUAAUCGGAUGGUAAAUAGUAAGAGUACGCUUCAUAGUCAGAGUACACUUCAUGUUUCAGAGGAGGUUUAUCACAAGUGUUUCAUUGAAGUUGACGAAGUUGGAACUAAAGCUGCUUCUGCUACUGCUGUAGUGGUGAAAAAGGUGGGUGUCAAGGGUCCUUCUCGUGUAACUCCUUUUCCUCCUGUUGAUUUUGUGGCAGAUCAUCCUUUCAUGUUCAUUAUAAAAGAGGAGCAAACCGGUGCAGUCUUGUUCAUGGGGCAUGUGCUUAAUCCUUUAUCAAACUAG